CAUUGCGUCAAUUGAGAGUCCCUCCAUCCUGUUUGUAAGUCCCUGCUGUGAGUGACGUUAACCCGAACCCCCGGCAAAAGAUUGCUCCUUUUAAAGUCCGGUUCAUGAUCCUCCUCCUCGACAUGUUCUUCACUAUCUUCUUUUCUUUCGGUCUGAUCAAUUCCUCUCUACUUGCUCUGCAGAAGAACAAUUGCCACUUCUCUCUCUACUACCUAUUCCCUCGGAAAACCCCCACUUGAAUACAUACAAAUCACCCCUCCUUCUGCGCAACCCCCCUCCGCCACGACCACCUCCGUAUCUUCCUGCUUUCUCCGUUGAACCGAGGUAGCAGUUUCUUUAAAAUCAAUCCUAUUUCCCUCGUCGCCGGAAUUGGAAAUUCAUACUUGUGCAGCUCUCCUGCUCAGAAACAUCCCUCAUCCACCCCACCACCACCACUCACCCACAUAUACACAUCAUGGCUUCCGGCGGUAGCGCUCCUCCUGUUGGACAGGAAAACAUCAACACCGACAUCGUCACUCUCACCCGAUUCCUCACGGAAGAGCAGGCCAAGGUGCCCGAGGCCACCGGAGACUUCACACUUCUCUGUCACGCCCUGCAAUUCGCCUUCAAGUCCAUUGCCUACUACAUCCGUCGGGCCUCGUUGAUCAACCUGACGGGUCUGGCGGGGUCGUCCAACACCACGGGCGACGAUCAGAAGAAGCUUGACGUCAUCGGCAAUGACAUCUUCAUCGCGGCGAUGAAGGGGUCGGGCAAGUGCCGGAUCCUGGUGUCCGAGGAAGAAGAGGAGACGAUCGUCUUCGACGAGCACCCGGAUGCGCGCUACGCGGUGGUGUGCGACCCGAUUGACGGAUCUUCCAACCUGGACGCCGGCGUCUCGGUGGGAACCAUCUUCGGCAUCUUCAGACUGCCCGACGAGAUCCUGGGCGCCGGCAAGAAGGUGACGGCCGACGACCUCCUGCGGCCUGGUACCGAGAUGGUGGCCUCGGGCUUCACCAUGUACGGCGCCUCGGCGCAGCUGGUCAUUACCAUGCGCAACGGUAGCGUCAACGGCUUCACCAUGGAGAACUCCCUGGGCGAGUUCAUCCUCACCCACCCCAACAUGCAGCUGCCCGCCAAGCGCGCCAUCUACUCCGUCAACGAGGGUAACAGCAUGUACUGGGACGAGUGGUGCAAUGCCUACUUCCACUCGCUCAAGUUCCCCGGCGAAGGUCAGAAGCCCUACAGUGCCCGCUACAUCGGCUCCAUGGUCGCCGACGCCUACCGCACCCUCCUGUACGGCGGCGUCUUCGCCUACCCCGCCGACAAGAAGAGCCCCAAGGGCAAGCUCCGCAUUCUGUACGAGUGCGCCCCCAUGGCCAUGCUGUUCGAGAACGCCGGCGGCCUGGCCGUCAACUCGCGCAUGGAGCGCCUCCUCGAGGUCGUCCCCGAGCACAUCCACGACCGCAGCGGAGUCUUCCUCGGCUCCAAGGACGAGGUCCAGAAGAUCAUCGACACCUACAACCAGCACAAGAAAUAGAUUCCCCAAACCACACACUCACACACAAACACUCACAUAUAAAAACACAAAGGAUGGAUUACGGUGCUCGGGCUGGACCUCAGGGAGUUCUCUGUUUUUACUCUUGCGGUUUUCAUCACCAAUUGAUACUUAAUGCAUGCUCUUCAGGUGACACGACAGCAGCAUAUUAACGAGUUACGUUGUACUUAACCGAUACGCUCCAUAAUCCGCAAACCAAAUCAAAC